AUGCUGAAACAAAGUAGGCCCUGCUUUGAAGAAGCGGAUGCAGCUAAGGACGAAGCUGAACCUGAACCUAUACUAGUCUGCAAAUGUCUUAUAGAUGCAGAGUCAUCAGAACAAACUGUUGUGUCACCGCGAAAACAGAAAAUUUUAUCCACUGUUGCAAGAACUGAAGAAUAUUUACGCGUGCGUCGCAUUCCUGAACUAAUAAGAUUCCUUAUUACUAAAGUAAUUGCCGAUGGUUCUAAUCGCCCCAUCGCUUUCCUUGAGAAUUUAUUAAAUGAAGGUAUGUUAUUUCGUGCUGGACAUGGAUUGGCUCCGGUUUUGUAUGAAGACAGGCACUUACGAGCUGUUAUUAAAAGUUUUGAUCCAGGUAACCGAGGUUGGCUAACACCUGGACAAGUCCGCAGAGCAUUUAUUACUCUUGGCCUUACUCUUACCGAGACUUUAAAUGAAAGGAUUCCAACUGAUGUCCUUUUCGAAUUACUGAAAACUACUCAAGAAAAAGAGCUUUUUAGUUUAUUGACAGCUGGAGUUUGUCUAGAGGAUGAUUCCCGUGUAGAUAUCGAAUUAAAAAACGGCGGAUCUACAACAGAUUAA